AUGAAGCGCGCCGUAUUCCUCUGUACCGAGAACUCCAACCGCAGCCAGAUGGCCGAGGCCUUCGCCCGGCUACAUGGCAGCGGGGUUGUGGAAGCCUGGAGCGCUGGCUCGGCGGCCUCCGGAGUAGUCAAUCCAAAGGCGGUGGCAGCGAUGGCGGAGAAGGGCUAUGACCUGGCCCGGCAUCGUUCUCAAUCCACCGCUGAGCUACCAUCAGGUCCGUUCGAUUUCGUAGUAACCAUGGGCUGCGGCGACCAGUGCCCGUGGGUCGCCGGCGAUCACCGAGAGGAUUGGGGAUUGCCCGAUCCCAAAGCGAUGGCGCCCGCCGAGUUCAACCGGGUGCGUGACGAGAUCGAGCGCCGGGUGCUCGAUCUCGUCGGGCGUGCCACCGACCGUUCACAGACCGCUUCAGAGGACAGCUAA